AUGGCUUCUGAUUCCGAUUCUGAGUUGUCCGACGUCCCUUCUGACGUCGAGAAUGAUCUACAGUUAACCAAAAAAGAUGGAAUACUCAAAUUCUUUUCGAAGCAAUCUGCCGCGCCAAAGCAGGCCGAGUCUCCUCCACGAGCAAAGCGCGAGCCUUCCCCGCCACAUGAGUACGUUCUGGCAGACAAUCAAGAUAUUGCGUUCAUUGUGAUGUAUCGCAGCCGGUUCACAGAAGUAUUCCCAAAGUCGCUCAUCAACUUCGGCCCUCAAGAAUUAGAACGAGACGUGGUCGACCCUGUCCCUGGAGAGGGUGUAGAGCAUUUCCUUUGCGCAUUGCUUGGGCUGCUGCUCAACAGGAAGCAGGACGUCAAAGCUGGACACUACGGUCGCGCCCUCGAAGAUGCUAUUCAAUUACACAAGUCGCAAUGGCCCAAGGAAUGGGAGGCCAAGAAUCCAUUAUCGGGCGGUGUCACAUUUACCAGCAUGUCUCCCACGGAACGACUUACUCUUCUACGAGCUCUUAUCCUCUGGUCGCUCUCCUCCUCCGACGCCGUGAAGGCCUUGAUUGCAUCUUCCUACAAGCAGACCCGACGGGAAGACGACCUCAACCAACCACUUUCUGUACAGCCAUGGGGCUCGGAUAGUGACAAGAGACGUUACUACCUUAUCGAAGGCCUGGAUGAUACCCACUUUCGAGUGUACAGAGAGAGCAACUAUAUGGGGAUCAAGCGAACAUGGUGGAGCGUAGCAAGCGACAUAGACGAGCUGAAGGGUCUUGCAGAGAAGCUUAACAAGGAAGACGGAGGACAGAAGGCCAAGCUCUUGAGCACGAGGAUUACUGCUGCUAUACCUAGGUUUGAAGCUACGGAAGACAAACGCAAACGCCGUGAAUAUCGCCAGAUUCGAAAGCAUCAAUUCAAGCGUAAUGAUCUCGGUACCUCGCUAUACGAAGGAAGGACUAGGGGCAAGCGUGUUAGAUACAACUACUCUGACGAGGAUCCAGAGGGUAUCUACUCUGAUGCCACUGCCACUACUACUCGCCGAUCCACUCGUAACACUGGCACGCAUACACCAGUUGAGUCUGGACCAACCAUCACUCAAAGUGGUCGUCAAGUCAAGUCUCGUCAAGGUGGCGCUUAUGGUGAAACUAUGUUAAGUAGUGCGCAUCCCCCAGCUGGUAGCUAUGCUGGAACCAGUGAAGAACCAGAAAACGAGCUUGAAGCCGGUAGUCGACCUCGACGAGCGGCUGCGAAUCAUGGCACCAACGGCUAUCCAAAACCCAAAGGCGGUCGACAUAUCGAAGGUUAUAACGAUGUCGAUGAGAUGACGAGUGAUGAUGAGGGAGACGCAAGUGAGCAGGAUUAUGGUGAUGACGAAGAAGAAGAUGAGCAAGUCUCUUUGGCCAGCGACGGCGAUGAUCAAGACGACCGUUCUGAAGAAGAUGAGGAGAUGGAGGAUGCCGAGCCGAAGAAGUUGAUUGUCAAGCUCAUGGUGAAGACUCCAACUCCCGAGAAAAAGACCAUCAUCAAGCUUCGAGUCUCACCCGAGAAGGACAGAGAUCCGAAUGCUAAAGGGCUCUUCUUGAACACCAACACUAAGGAGAAUGUUCAACCCGCUUCUUCUGGUGAAAGUUCCGAGCCUGCCUCAAAGAUGACCGGCAUGGCACCAAAUUCACCUCAGCCAGUCAAGUCACCACUUGCUUUCCGUGGCAGCCCCGAGAAACCUACUACUUUCAUGCCAGCCAUCGAUGUUGGUUACAGGGGUUCAUGA